UCUUCCAGCCUGUCCUAAAACGCAAGCAGACACACACACACAAACGCCCUGCUGCUGCAGUUUGAGCAAGAAGUCAGGCGGCAGUCGCUGUCCGGGACCUGGGCGUUUAACCCCCCGCCCCAGCUGCUUUCCGAAUAUUUAGCGGUGAAUGAAGAAAACUGUGUCAAUAGACCUUUAAUCUCUGCAAGUGGCAUACUUGCUCCUUCCGUUGCAAUGCAUCGUGAGCGUCUUUUUUAUUAUUCCACAUGCCAUUUACUUGCAGGUCUGUAACACUGUAUAGCCCCAGAGGAGCGUUCGAGUAGCCCUGAGACCCCCGCUACAAUAACAUAAUAUAGCAACGGACUGCAGCCUGCCAUCUGAGAGAGGGGGGCUUCUGUUCCUCUGGUAUUUAUAGCAGCUCUUCCUAAUCUGUAAGCCGCAGUGCUUGUGACUGGAGGAUGAUGUGGAGAGGGCACUCACGCUGCCUGCGUAGCACUACUCCGUUGUACACAACAAGCACCUUGCCAGUCUGACAAUUCAUCUGAGUACGCCAAAAGGAUAACUAGUCGGGAUUUGGACUUAUUUUCGAAAUCCAUGGGACGUUGUACUAGUGCUAUAUUUAAAAUUAAGGGUUGUGAUGUGGAGGAGAGGCUUAUAUUUUUCUUGGAUUUCUUAAAGUGCCUGGAAGAAUGGGGUGAAGAUUGUUGGUACUCGAAGUUUUCUAAGUAAGAUACUAAAAGAGAGGAAACGGGACUGUGCCUCCAAGAAUGGGAGAGGGACAACGGGAGCUCCAUACCAAUUCUUCUCCUGCUGUGGCCGCCAAUUCAGAAGGGGAGGAAAUUGAAGUUCUGGAAAGUACAGAAGUGCUGCCCGUAGCCCCAGAAGACCACUGGAAAGCCCUGUUUGAUCAGCAGUCUUCGCGUUCAUGCAGACAGAGUCUUUAUGGAAGAGAGGGAAGCUGGGAGGCUGUGGAUUUAAGGAAGCAGGGAGACUCUUUUGAUCCUGAAAACACUGGUUAUAUCAGUACUGAGAAAUUUCGGGGUCUUCUCCAGACUUAUGGCUCAGAACUCGACCCACACAAAAUGGAGGUUCUUCUGGCCUUGGCAGACAAUAAUUCCGAUGGGAAGAUCUGCUAUCAGGACUUUGUCAAUAUGGUAAGCAACAAAAGGUCUAACAGCUUCAGACAAGCUAUCACACAAGGCAGCCGCAAGUUACACAGUAAGGAAUUGCUGGAAGAGCCAGGACUUAGCCUGGCACAGCGCUUUAUUCGGCAUAUUGCUUAUGAAACCCUCCCACGUGAAAUAGAUCGCAAGUGGUACUACGACAGCUAUACUGGGUGCCCUCCUCCAUGGUUUAUGAUCACAGUGACAAUUGUAGAGGUUGCUGUAUUUGUUUAUUAUGGAUUGGUGCUUGACAGGUGGGUCCUUCAAAUCACCCAUCCAUUGUAUUUGAAGAACCCCCUGGUGUAUCACCCUCAGCUUCGGAUUCAAGCAUGGAGGUUCCUCAGCUAUAUCUUCAUGCAUGCAGGGAUAGAACACUUAGGACUGAAUGUUGCCCUGCAGCUUCUUGUUGGCGUUCCAUUAGAAAUGGUCCAUGGUGCACUGAGAAUCGGGUUCGUCUAUAUCACUGGCGCACUUGCAGGUUCCUUGGCAGUAUCUGUAGCUGAUAUGACGGCACCAGUUGUGGGCUCCUCUGGAGGGGUUUAUGCUCUCAUUUCUGCCCAUUUAGCCAACAUAGUAAUGAACUGGUCAGGAAUGAAGUGCCAGUUUAAGGUGCUACGAGUCGCAGUUGUAUUAAUCUGUAUGAGUUUUGAAUUUGGAAGGGCUGUGUGGCUGCGAUUCCACCCAUCUCUGUACCCUCCGUGCCCUCACCCUAGUUUUGUUGCCCACCUUGGAGGAGUAGUGGUGGGAAUCACUCUAGGUGUGGUAAUCCUCAGAAACUAUGAACAAAGGCUGCAGGAUCAGUCCUCCUGGUGGAUAUUUCUUUUCAUCUAUGUGUUGUUCUUACUGUUUGCUAUACUAUGGAACAUUUUUGCCUACAGCCUGCUUGAUCUGAAACUGCCUCCUUCUCCGUAGAAAUCUACAGAUGAGACAUUGUGAAUGCAUUUUAACAUUUCUUCCAGCAAAAUACAACAGUUUUGUUUUAUAUGAUUUUUACAAGUCAUGGACUUGAGCAGCCAGAGUGAAGUCAUAUUUAGGAUGUAAAACAUCAGAAAAGUCUGAAUGAAGACAUUUUCUACUGAAUUCCCAUGGGUUUGCUUCAUGUGCAGUGACCCAGAUGUGUUUAUUACAUUUUGUAGGUAUAUGAAAUAUCUUGUCUCCACGUGGCUGCAUUAUUUGUAAUAAGUAUUCUGAAAACUUAUGUUACAAACUGUUGAUUCAAGCACAGCUUUGAUUAAGUCAUUCCAUAUGCAGUCAAAGUGACUGCAUUAUUUAAAUUGCAGUUACUGUAUAGCCUACUUUCUGGAACAGUUUUACUGUAGUAUUCCAAAUGUGAUUGCAUGAAUUACAGUUAUUGGAAUCUAAUUGUUAGAAAUCCAUAUAAUGAAAUUCUGUAAAUGGAUUAUCUUUAUUUUAGGACCAUGUGAAACACUGGAGUUAGUUAUAUAGGGAUUUGCAAGAAGCAAAAACUAAAAACAUUUCUCAGAAUGUCAGUCUUUUGAAAAGACUGGUGUAAUAAAUAAACAUUCUGAAAAAUGAUGUUCCUGCAGAUUAUAAAACAUCCUUUAAAACACUUGAAUAUUUAAUUUUGACUGAAAACAGAUUCGUAAUUUAAGUAAAAGAAAAUCCGUGGUUUGUUAACAAAAAAAAAAAAACACCAGUGUUCCAUAAUGCAAUGUGAUUACUGUUCUAAUAGCAGGGACAAUAUGCUAGAUUCGGUUUUGUGACCAUGUAUAAGUGGCCAUGCAAUAUUCCAACAGUAACUGUUCUCAUCACCUUAUAACUAUACUGUGAUAAAAUACCGGAGCUAAUCAUAUCUAAUACAGAUUCAAAUAAUGGUGUUAGUGCAUAGGUGUGACAAUGAUAUCUGACAUGCUUGGUAGCAAGGUCAAACAUGAAUCAAAUUCCCGUGUUGUUGAAACUAUAGUCCAUAUUUGAUUUGUUUACAACUAUAUGUUUUUUAUAGGUGAUUUCACAUCUGCAAAUGGUAGGGUAUACCAUAAAAGUGGAUUUUCAUAAAAAAUCUGGCUGGUUCAUUUAUCAACAGUAGGCUUGAAUCAGUUUCUUGCAUACCUUCAGUGACAAAGAAGUAAGAGAAGCAGAUGGGGGUGGGUUCAGGAUAGUCAUCAGUAGAGAUGGAAUAGUAAAUUCUUAUUAUCAUGAAAGAUGUUCAAGUUUUGUCACUAUGUGCAUCCCUCCCCGAUGCUUAGUUAUCCUGGCCAGCCUUAGCAGGGGAGUUUGAAUUUAGUAGGCAAGUUUGGCCUGAGGCAACAUGCUGCAUGACUGUGUGUGCAUGAUCUGGAUUCCUUUACGCUUUUUUUCCCCCUCUCAAAAUCAUUUUUGUUGAAAAUGCAAACAUUUCAUAAACAGAUCAAGUGCACUGUUUAGCCCCUCCAGACAUAUCAUACACUAUUUCCUAGAUCAGAAUAACGUAAUAACAGAGGAAUCUUGACAUUUUCUCUUUUGUUUGUACAAAGCACUAUCUGUAUAUAAUAAUGCAUGCCUUACAUGAACAUGAUAUAGAUGUACAGCCAUAUUUACCCUUCCUGUCCACUGCAAAAUAAUCUCCUCCCUCAGUUUAUAACCCUCCUCUUGCCUCUCUUCUACCUACCUCUGCACACUGUAUACCAUUUCUUCUGUAAUCUUUUCACCCACCAUCUACUGCUUUCAUUUACCACUACUUGCCUUUUCUUCUUUGACACUGAAUAAGUACCACAAUAGCCCUGCGUUCUACCUUUUUCAGUUUCCUUGGUCAGCCACCCCACCACCAAUACCAUUGCUUUAAUUUCUACUCUUCCCCGUGUCCCGUGCUUUUCAUCCACUGCAGAUAAAAGUAACACCUACCUUUCCUUUAUACCUGUAUUUUACAGCUUAGUCCAUAUUGCCUUCCUGUCUGCACACUUUACACUCCCACCCACAUAUGUAUGUUAUCUAGUGCUUUGUGUCUGUGUCUCCAACAUUCUAGACUUUCUCACUAGCCUUUGUUGCCUAAUAUUUUGAGGUUCUAUCCCAUCUGUGUAACAGCCUCAUAUGUUGGUCACUCACUUUCACUUUAAAAACUUUACUGACUCCCAUGAUUCUGACCACUUUUCAUUAUCUGCCAUAUCCUGCUCCAUUUUAUCCACUUCUCCCUUAGCGUAUUAAAGCAUAUUGGUUCUUCUUCCUCCCCCAAAUCCCUAUAUAUCUGUCCUGUCCUUCCUUUUUCUAUAAUUGCACGGUCACUUCCCCUAAUAACUUAUAGUGGUCCUCUCCAGCCUUCCUUUUCCCUUCUUACAGCUUAUCCCCCAAUUAGGUCUCUGGGCAUUAGCUAAUCAUCUAGUGUCAGUCCAAACUUCCUCAUCACUUCCUUAUGGAAUAUACACUGAUGUCUGUUUCUGUCUUCUUGUAUCUGUACUAUAUAUUUCAGUUAAUUUCCAUUACACACCCAUAAAUAAUUGCUGCUACCUCUGCUGCUUCUCAGUUAGCAUAUCCCUCACUGUGGUCCCCUUUGGACCCAUCACUCUUACCCAUAUUCCUGUAUCUGCGUCAUUUCUCUAGUUCUCUAAAGAUGUUCUUUUCCUUUCUCCUAUUAUUAUCCUCCCAAACCAUCCGUCUGACUUUAUAAUUUUCCAGUUCUAUCAGUCUUUCACAAUAUUCACUGCCGCAUCAUACUUCUUUAAUUCAGGCCCAUCCCACCUUUCAGGCCCACAUGCUUGCCAUCUCUAUCCUACAUCUCUAUCUUGUCUAGACAAAGCUAUCACAUACUUUCUGUACCUCUCCAAGCCACCCCCAACAUUGAUUUAAUCUGCACAUGCCUCAGCUAAUAUAUUACCAGAGGUAACAUGGUCACCUUUACCACUUCUUUUCUCCUGCUCAUCAUAUAAACUGUAUUAGUCCAUCUGUCUUGUAUUCCAGUUAUCAUAUCCCAACUCUUCUCCAUUUUUCCUCCUAAUCUCGCCUACUGUCAGAUAGAUUUUUCACUGCUAAAUAUAUAUCGACAGCUCCCAUCCCCCGCAUGACCACAGCAGUGCUACCGAAUAUUGUUAUCCUCCCCAUCCCUAUUAAUGACAAUUUCCUGAAAUCAUACUCAAAGCCUCAUUUCUUUCCAGACCCAUCAAAAGCUGUACCACUUAAAGCAACACCCCCUUCAUAUUCUCUAAUAAUAGCAUACAGUCAUCAGUAAGCAAAUGUAUACGACUCUUUUUACCACUCACACCCCAAUUUUCUAUCAGUGUAUUUAUUCUCUUUGCUGAGUUUUUCAUGACCAAAACAAGAAUUCCCAGAGACAGUGGACAUUACUGUCUUGAUUUCUCUCUCUAACGUAACUUUAUCUGGCAUGUCUCCAUUAACACUAAUUUAAGCAUUCAUCUUUAUAUACAGCACUCUAAUGCUCCAUAAAGUUCUUCAUUCUCCCAGUACUUGUCUCAUAGUUGCCAUGCUUGCCAAAUAAAAUGUGUUGAGUGUUUGUAUCACCUCACCCCUCUUAUCUGUUCCCUAUUGUACCAACUCCUAAAGUUUCGCAGUCAUUUCCACUGAGCUGUGGAUGACAUACCUUCACAAAACCUACUUGUGUUUAUUGCAGCAGCUUUGGUAAAAGCAUGUUCUGCCUAGAUGCAUGUACCCUAGCUGUAAAUUUUCCAUCACUAUUGCCUAAAUAAAUCGGUCUGUAUUUUACAAAGUUUUCCUUCCUAUGUCUCUCUCCUGUUGUACAACAACACCAUGGCUUCUUGCCAAAUUUGAUUCCAAAACUACUUCUUCAUCUGUACGGUUAAAUAGAUUUGUUAAAUAGUCCUCUACCUGCACUCCCAAUUAGGAAACCAUCUAGUCCCCUCUGAUGCCCCUGUUUCACAUGCCUGAUUGUCACUACCAACUCUCCUACACUCACCUCUUCAUGCAUCACUUUUCUGUCUUCCUCCUCUAGUUCAGACUCUUCCCAUUGGUUGAACUUCCCUUUGUAACAAAUUCCCAUAAAACUUCCAAAAUUCCUUUCUUAUCUCUUUAUUUAUGGUAAUCCUCCAACCACCUUUGAUUUCUUAUUUGAAUCUUUAAGCUUGUAUACUAGCAACCCCUCAUCCGUCCCUCACUUCCCCAUUUCACUAUUUACUUUCCCUGCUCUCCAGUUCUACUUGAAUUUGUUCUUUUUCCAAUUCCUGCAUCUCUUACUACAGCUGCCUGAUCCUGCCCAACAUGUUUACCAUGUCUUCCUAUAUUUACUCCUGAUCUUCAUCAUUCAUGUCCACUCUUUCUGUUGUGAUAGAUUCCUUUCUAAUAGUGAUGGGUAAAUAACAUGCAGUUCUUAUUUGUCAGACUCAUCAUAGUACCAUUUUUAACCACUGUCAGUGUCAGUCCAUUUAUAACCAGUCUCAAAUGCCAUUUUUUAACACUUUUUCAGAUGACCGCAGCAGGAAUUAUGUGGACAAUAAGGCUUUCACUAUUGUUCCAGCACAGACUCUGGUUAGUAUCAGCAUGGAUAAGAAAUCAGAAACAACUACUAAAACAGUUACUGGUUUGCCUGGGCCAGUAUGUUAAGAAGAAUAGAGCCUUUUAAUGUCUGCUUUACGCAGCACUAACUGAAAGCUACAUUUCUCCAAUGCAGACAAUUCUCCCUUAUGAAAGUGCUGCAGACUGGGUUAGAAUAUUACCCUGUGGCUUGGAAUUGUUUGUCCUCAUUAGUUGCUGCUUACUAUAAAUUACUCUGGAGGCAAUAUCCAUAAUUUCUGCAAAGGUAAAGCAUAUAAGACAUGUGCAGUUAACUUAGCAAGAUAGCAAGAACUUUGGCAAAAAUUAAAUUUAUCAUUACAUAUGCAGUUAAAAGGCAGCUCUGAAAAGUUACAGAUCUCAAUUAAGUCUGACUCUUUAAGUCAGCCUUCCAGGCCUAUUGUUAUGGUAUAAGUAUGCAUAAUGAUGUGAAUUCAAAUACUCAUACACUCUAGUAUAUUGUCUUCUAUCACCUAAUGUGAGUUCAUAACUCUUCUAAUGUUAAAACAGUAAAGUCAUUAUGUUAUAAUACAGGACACGUAGAGAGACCAGUAUACCAGACCAAGGGCUGAGUUGACCCAUAACAAGGUUCAAUGCACUUACAAAAUUAAGCAUGUGUCACAUAUCAAGCAGUAUGCACCAUUUGUAUCUGGUUCAUCCAGUUUCUUAUCAAUAAUAGGCUCCUGUGUUUGGCAAGGUGCGUACAGGAUGAACUCUGUCAAGUGCCAUGUAACUGUUACCUCUGAAGCUAGGUACUGUACUAGAAGAAAAUAUUGUUUAUUUUUUGUAUUUCUUUAUAUAUAAUAAGAUUAUGUAUGCAACUAGCAGUUUAUUGUAGAUCAUUUUAAUAGCAGUUGUGGAUUGUGUAUCUAUAUGCCUUAGAAUAUUUUCACAAGUUUUUUUAGGUAAUAGUCAUGGUACAUAAUUUAUUUAAGUUUUCAUUUCCAUAUAAACCAAAGUUAGCAUUUAUUUAAGGAGCUACAUUUCUUGGUAACAGAGCAGCCACCCCAUAUUUUACACUUUCAUGUACUAUAUUGCAGCAUAAAGGUAAUGCUGCUUUGUGUCUUAAUGUACAAUGCACAAUUGAAUUUUCUAGCCAACCAAUCUUGCGAAACUUGUAACACAUUUUUCUAAAUCAUCCAUUUAAGAUUAAUUGCUACAUUUUGGAAUUUCUUUUUCUGUUUACGAAGUCCCUGUUUGCAGCAUGCGCUAUUGCUUGAUUUACAGAAGGGAUAUAACAGUACCUUUUUCCAUGGGAACAUGAAAAGUAUCCAUACUCAGGGACAGUUAUGGAGAGAAUAAAAAUUCAGUUUUAACAUUAACCAACAACAAGGUAGUGAAUGUCCAAGUCCCUUUCCAAAAGUAUGUCUGCAAAUGUUACCAAGAGAGGUUAAAAAGUGCUCCAUGGUGAAGAUAUGUAAAACAUAUUUCUGUUAUUUACAGUAGCAAAGAAUGUGCAGCAGUAGCAAAAAAUGUGUUCUGCAAAAUGCAUUUUGUUUUUUAUUUCUUGCAAUUACUUGCUUUGUUAAGGUGAUGUAGGAGAACUGACUGAACACAUUUUUAUCAUGACAUCUUCAAGGAGCUCAAGCGGUUAGUUUUAAAUCUUUAUUUAUUUUUUAGCAAAAGGGUGCUAUACAAAAGAUAUAUUUUUAUUUAAAACUGAAAGUAAUAUUAGCAGAUCAGGCAGGAGCAUAUUAAGUAUUAAAGGAAACUGUUCUUUAUAUAUGGGUAAGCAGCUCACAAAACUCCACAAAGUAAGUGUGCUGCCUGCCACCUUCUAACUGUAAACCUGCAAGAAAUGCUAGGUCAGUGUGAGCUUAAGCUGGAACAACUUGUAUGUGCCUUUGAUGCUGAGCUACAAGGAGUUUAAAUUAUUUAUGGUGAUAUCCACUUUGAAUGCUUUACAGUGAACUGUAAAAAAAAGUGUAGAAAUCAUGUACACUUCUAAGAUAUUCUUUGUCAUUAUACAGUGUUCUUUAUUGCUUUUUUGUGUGAAAUACAAUAUGUUCUAAUUUUCAA